AAAUUAUGGCGAGCAGUUGACUAACGCUACUUGUCGAGUGGAUUACUUUUGUGGCUGACGACUAAGCGUGCAGAGUUGCAAGUGAUUUCAAACUGUAUUAGUGGCGAACACACGCGAUAGCACAACCGAUAAAUACAUUCAUACCAAAAGCACACCAAAGUGUUAGCCACACACACACACAUACAAAUACACACAUAGUGACUGUUUGCUUAACAAAGGACCUACUCACGAAGGAUUGUUACAUUCAUAUUCGCAAUUUAAAUUGACGGAAAAAUGCAUUUCCACUUCAAUGAACUCGUUUUUAGUUGUCUGCUGUGCAUUGUGGCGCUUUUGUCGGAUUACAUUCAUUACGCGCAUGGUUUAUCCACCGUUGAUACAGUACGUCGCGGUGCAGGAUUUACAUUUAGCUCAACGAAUGGCAGCAGUAGCGGAGACGAUAACAAUCCUGGAGCUUCGCCGGCAACAGCUUUAACUCGACAACUAAUAGUGGGCACUUUUCCGCAACUAACGCUCCCGUCUAUUAUCUCUUCGUAUUGUAUUUGUGUGCCGCCAGGCUCUUGUCCUAAUCCCUUGCCAACAUCACCGACGGACGGCAGUGGACAAAUCGACAUACGCAUCGUGAAUAAUGCAAGCAUUACAAACCCAGUUUUAACCCCCACGUGCAAGUAUGGACUUCAGCUCUGCUGUCAAGCGGGCCCGUACCAAUGCGGACGUCGUUAUGCGCCACCGCCCGGUAGUACAGCAGCUGGUGCAGGUCAAGCGCAAUUCGGCGAAUAUCCCUGGGUAGCUGCAUUGCUUACCACCGCCGAAGUAUAUUUGGGUGCAGGAGCGCUAAUCACGGCACAGCAUGUGCUUACAGCCGCCCAUAAAGUUUAUAAUAUUAGCACGUCGUCUUUUAAGGUGCGCGUUGGCGAAUGGGAUGCAGCAAGCACCUCCGAAGUGAUACCUGCACAGGAUGUGGCCAUCGCCAGCGUUUUCAUUCAUCCGAAUUUCAAUUCGGCCAAUUUGCAAAAUGAUGUCGCCAUCAUACUGCUCGCUUCGACCGUCUCACUGACGACCAAGUCCACGGUGGGCACUGUCUGCUUGCCAACCACCACAUUUGUGGGUCAAACUUGCUAUGUAGCCGGUUGGGGUAAGAAUGAUUUUGGGCCGACCGGCGCUUAUCAGGCUAUACAACGCGAAGUCGAUGUGCCGCUCAUUACGAAUGCAGCUUGUCAAACGAUGCUGCAAGCCACGCGCCUCGGACAAACUUUUCAACUGAAUAACAGUAGUUUCAUUUGUGCUGGCGGACAAGCCGGCAAGGAUGCGUGUACGGGCGAUGGUGGUGCACCGCUGGUCUGUCAGAACAACAAUAUCUGGUAUGUGGUCGGUUUGGUGGCUUGGGGUAUUGGCUGUGGUCAAGGUGGCGUGCCCGGCGUUUACGUAAAUGUAGCAACGUAUUUGGCGUGGAUUCAAACAGUUUUAGCUUCUUCUUAAUUGGUGACUAAAUAUCAUUAAGUUUCAUAUAACGUAGCAUAUAGAAUAAAUCCUAAUGUAUGUGCUCGCUUAAUUAAUAGCACAAUUAUGUACAUGCUAACGCUAGUUUUGUUAUUUCAUAAAAUAAAUAACUAUAUUUAGGUUAAACCCAACCUUUGAUCGAUUUGGAAAUUA